AAAUCUGGUUUCUAAAAUCAAGUUUGAGCAAUAAGAAUGUAAAAAUGAAUUCUUUCUAUUAUACUUUAACUAUACAGUAAUAGUAGUUGUAAUAAAAUUAAAAGAUAUAAAAUACAAUUUAUAUUUUACCUUGGAAAGCAAGCAUCUUUUGACGAGUUGAAAGUAUGUAUUUUUUCAACACAACAUUUCCCUUAUAGUUAUCAGUAACUGGAACAUACUGACAUAAAAUUGGAACAAAAUCAGCCCUCAGUUGUCAGGUCAGAAGGUUAAGGAGGGGUAGGGUCUGUUUAAUUUUUGGAGGUUGUUCAAAGUAAAAACUACGAUUUUUCACGAAAAAUUCCGUCAUUUGUAACUUGCAAAACCUCCCCAAAGUAACAAACAACGUAAGGGAAAAUGUUGGGGUCUGGUUUUUCAUAUGUAGAAAGUGUGCACCAAUUUUGAAAAAAAAUGCUGCAUUAUUUUUUGAAUGACGAUGGACACGGUCUUCUAAAACCUGCUUUCGAGAAACACACGUUUAAAGUUUUUUUUUUCUAUUAAAUCAAUGGAAACAAUUUAUUAUUCAAGGAAGUCCGUAGGGUCUAAAAUUUCCACAGAAUCAUUUUUUCUUGUAUAAUUUGAUAUAAUUAAUUAUUUCAAGAAUUUUUUGACAAGCUUUUAAGUCAAUCGAAGCAGAAAUUUUGGGCUUGUGUGUCGAACUCUUGCUUUUUCGCAGUAUGAGAUAAGUAAAGAUAAAGGCCCAUAACUUGCUGAGUUUUGUUCCGAUAGGCUUGAAAAUUUCACAAAGUAUUCUUGAACUGUUUUACUAUAAGAAAAUACAAAGAAAAAAACCCGUUUUAAUCCGCCUAGUGGUGUUAUGGUACCUUUCUCAUAUCUCUCACAUAUUCUCAUAUAUAAAUAUGUGGUAUUCUUCUAAAUAAUUUUCUUUGAUUCUUAAAAAACAAAAAGGUUUGUCCAUAAGCUAGUAUAACCUUCAGAGUGAAACAGUAUUUGGGUCGGUUAGGCCAUCUCUGAGGAAACGAAAAGAGGUACUUCCGAAACCGGAAUCUGGGAACCUGUAUAAUCGAAGUUGGUUCGAGAAAAGUGACUGGGAUCCAUUUUUGAAAUAAGAAUUUUUUCACUAAUCACCCUGUAACUCCGGAACCGGAUCAAAAUGAAAUUCAGGAACUUUGUAUAGCGCAAUUGUACCUUUCAUUUGAAGUUCAUUUCAAGUUUGUGAGAAUCGGUUCAGCCGUCUCUGAGAAAAGUAAGUGCACUUAUUUGCAUUUUUUUGCGCAUAUCACCCUGUAAUUCCGGUACCGGAAGUCGAAUUCGAAUAAAAUUCAGGAACUUUGUGUGGGGUUACAAGACCUUUCAUUUAAAUCUAAGUUCAUGAAAAUCGGCUUAGAAUGGAAUAUCACAUCAUUUGACAAGUGAAACAGUUAUGAAUUGUUUGAAUUUUGUCACCUGUAAAAUUGAUAUUUUUUGUGAUGUUUUCGAUGAUCACUAAUGUUUUGGAAAUAACGAUACUACCAGAGAUUGUUGAAAUUUAACCAAAAUGAAAGAAAUGCAUAUUUUAAAAGUACUCUCCGAAGCACUCGUACCAGAACGUAGUUGCUGUAAGAAAAAAAAAUUUGCAUUCUGUUUGAUUCAGACACAUCCACGCGAACAAUUCAUUUGAAGUGGUGUGAUGCUCAUUCUAAGCAAACAAUACACCAUCACUUUCAAACAGUUCGUCGGUUUGGAUGCAAAAUCUGUUAUCGUCACAAUUAGAUUUCGUUCUGAAGCAGCGAGAAAGAACUACUCCCAUAAUUACAUCGUGUCUGCUUGUUUGCGAACGUUUUUGUUUGAUUUUGGUGCUUGCCUUUUUUUUCGCUUUCUCACUGUCUCGAACGCCAUUACUAAGCGCAGUCAAUUUCGGUGAUUGGUUACACGUGAUCACGAACGAGAAAGCAAAAAAGAAAAAAAGGCGCUAUAGUGGCGGAAAAAACCACUCCUUCAAGCUGAGAAUUUUCUUUCUAUCUUCGAAACGAGUUGAUGCUAACUAUUUAUUUUUCCUUCACCGGAAAGCAGCCAGUCCUCGAACCAGUAGAUAACAUUUUUUUAUGAUUCCAGGAGUCCCCAACUGUACAGGGUGAAAGAAAUAAUAAAAUAUGUCAAGAACUAUUUUAGGCUACAUCGCGGAGCAGCAAAAUGGUCUUUGUUCUUCAUUUACUUCUGUUUUGGUGGUGGUUUGAAAUCGCAAACUUGGCGCAAAGACAUAACUUGAACUUGUGAAAAAAAAACUAAUCGUGACGGCGAACUGCUGGAAGGACUUUGAUUGAUCUAAUAAACGACUGCUUUCUGACAUUUUAUGACAAGUGUGGACAAUGAAUUAUAAGCUCGGUAUAAAUUUUCCUUACCCAAGUCGUGGCGUGGAAAAGACAACGAAAGUAGUUCACAACCGUGCUGAUUUGCACUGUUGAGCUCCAGUUGUCGUUCCUCGAACCGACAGGGAAACACAAAAACGCGUUGGUGAGGGGAAAAUUAGACGCUAAAUUUGUUGUUGUUUUGCUCGGCAUUUAUCAAGCGGCAUUCUUCUCCAUUGAGAUGGGGCGCUCGGAAGCGAAGCAAAAUGCUAGUGCCCCGUAAAAUACGCAACCAUCGUUUCACCUAAGCUCGCACAGUAUUGCGUGUUCCGGUUGAAUCGAAUCAUUCCGGGGCAUGGUGUUUGUGACUGGUAUUUUGACUGGGUCAUUUAGUAAGGCAAAAUAUUGCUCUAUCGGCAAUAUAAUAUUUCGAGGAUGAUAAUAGUCAGCAGGGUGUGUUCGCUGCUAAAAAAACAACAAUAACAUCCGAUUAGCGAAUGUAUUGGAAUUUAGAAAAGUACAGUUCGUGCAGUUCAAAGUAGUUCAUACAUUCUACGUAAAUAAGUAUGUUUAUUAGGUGAAGCAUUUAGUGUUCAUGAUAUUAGUUAAUAUCAAUCUCCUAAUCAUUAGCUAGUCGUCGGGAGAAAUUCAGAAUACUUGACAUCACAAUGUCAAGAGUAUUAUUUACUAUUCUAUCGUUCGUUCAAUAAAGACAUUUGAGAUUCAUUGUGUGUCUUUGAUAAACGGGCAUAGCUCGACAAAAUUUGUACACCGGAGAGGAAAACUCAAGCAAAACGUCUCAAGAUAACAGAUGGAACAAGUAUGGAGUUCCGAGGAGUUUCUGCUAUUAGUGACAAUGUUUUGUUUUUAUCAUAAAGAAAGGUUAUACCAUCACUGUGAAAACCGACUUUUAAACAGAGGCCAGAGUGCCAUAUACCAUUCGAAUCAGUUCGUCGAGUACGCAAAAUGUCUGUGAUUAUUAUUUUCUCACUUUCCUGCUGGCGAUACCGAUUUUCACAAAUAGAAUCUUUUCACUAUCCAUGCAAUGAUUCUGUACUCUAAGUAUCUGAGUGGUCGAAUUACAAAAAUAGAAUUCUGUACUCUGACUUUACUUUGCGUUUUACGUAUAGUAUAUGAAAAAGAAGUGUUCAUUGAUUGAUUUCACUAAGGAAUUUAAAUCGCUGAAGUAAAGUAAACGUAUAAACAGUCGCAAAUGAAUUCUAAGAGAAUAUUUCAGAUUCGAACAAGUUGGUCUGUGAUGUUAAGGGAUGCCACAUGUUCUUAUUAUCCUUUGAAAUUUUUUAUUAUUUUUCUAUCGUUCGGAUAGCACAUGAAUUUAGCUCCAACACAUUUAAAUUGGAUUACCGACCUCAGCUGUUCAAAUUUUGGUAGGUGAUUUCCAAAGAAGCAAAAAUUACCGAACGGAGUUUAGUGUGAACAAGCUCGGCUUUUGUGCUCUAGAAGAAAUCGAGUCGAUUAUUGAUUAGCUUUUUUUUGAUUCGAUUAUAGAGGUUUAACCUUAAGGUCAUUCGCCUCUUCGGACCAGAAAAACUUUCUGACCCUGUGUGCGGGGUUGGGAAUCGAACCCAGGCGGGCUGCGUGAAAGGUAUCGACUUACCCAUCACACUAUACCCGUCCCCAAUUGAUUAUCUUGACGGUAAUAUGAUUCUGUAUCGAUUGAAAAACAAAGCAAAGUCUUGGCAUUACAUUUCUGUGGUGGAAUUUGGCCUUUCUGUUUCAACAGACUUCGCAGCCGAUUCUUAGUGUACAGAAUCAUUGCAUGCAUGGAUCCAUAGUACCUACUGACACUAAGAAUCCUUCCAGGUCGGGGCUCGAACAGACGACAGCUGGCUUGUAAGACCAGCGUCCUAUGCAUUGAACCGCCAACCCGGGACAAUUGAAACCAGACGUAAUUUGUUGGUGGCAAGUCUCGACCGUAAGGUGGAUGAGAUAGUAUUGCCCCAUCACUAAUACCCAACAAUGUUUCGUUCGGAGAUAUAACAUGCAGCUUAGCGUUGUUGCGAUGGGAAAUUACAUACUUGUGCUUGGUCUCAUAAUAUUUCUUGGGGUUUAAUUGGAGUGUAGUAUUAUCAUAAUAACACUCAUUGUAGUUAUUGGAACCACUGAUAGAUUAACUGUAAUGGUUACUCACGACUUUCUCAGUCACGAUUUGUUUCUAUAAACGUUCAAUUUGCCUGAUUUCAGACUAUAUGUGUGUUUUUUUUAAGAGUUUGCUGAUUUGAAAUUUAAAUAAAUCACAUGCCUGCCACGGGAGCGGGUCAUAUCGCCGAAAGCCAUUUCGCCGAAAGUUGUUUCGCCGAAUGCCAUUUCGCCGAAUAGGUCAUUUCGCCGAAAAUCGUUUCGCCGAAAGGGUCAUUUCGCCGAAAGGGUCAUCUCGCCGAAAGGGUCAUUUCGCCGUAAGGGUCAUAUCUCCUGCAUGUUAUGUCUCCUGCAUAACUGAUGUGGCGCAGCCACAUAACCGAAGCCAAGAUGGCGCCAGCUGAGUCGGCCGCCGACCCGCCGUCGGAAGCGGCGGCCUCUUGCAUGCGAACCUGUAACCGCCUCGUUUGCCCGGUCUACUCAAAGCUAGGUUUCUUUGCUUUAGUUAGGUCCGAACGAGCGGUAGCGAGGUCGGACAGCACAUGAACCAAAACGAUGUGGCGUAGCCGCAUUAGUAUUUUUUCAUUUUCACUUAAUAAACGGAAAAUACCACCUACAUUUGCCUAGUAGAUACACCUAUGAAAUUGCUUUGAUGCUUACUAGCUAAUAGUCAACAAGUUUUCUUGGGAGCUACUUUCUGAGGUUCAUGAAUCAAUCUUUAUUCAAGAGUACAACAAUCAAUCAUUAUUCAAGAAGUACAAUGGUAGGUUAACAAAACGGGCGUUAACGCUAUCAUCUUUCGUUUGUCUUUAAUUUAAAUCAAUUCUAAUUACGAUUUCAGGAUUCGGCGAAAUGACCCUUUCGCCGAAAUGACCCUUUCGGCGAAAUGACCCUUUCGGCGAAGUGACCCUUUCGGCGAAAUGACUUUCGGCGAAACGGCUUUCGGCGAAAUGGAUUUCGGCGAAAUGACCCUGAUCCGGCUGCCACGACUAUCACAAAGGUCAUUCUGGAGGUCUAAUUUUCGACUACCUAAAAAAAAUAAUCGUCAAAAAAUAAUCGAGUAGCGUCAAAUCACACGAACCGGUUCAUUUCUCAAAGUAAUAUUGUCGUUGAAAUGUUCUUUCUACAAGUCGAUUCUUUCGGCCGCAGUAUGACAAGUAUCUUGUCUAUAAAAACAAGGAGUAAAUAAUGUCAACGACAUAGCUGCGAAAUUGACGCUGGACUGUAUUCAGGCUUUGGGGAAAGUUACUGCUUGAUGAUAAGACGUCAUGUACAAAUUACGCUUUAAUGGGGUUUAAACUAUUGUGACAAAAUUGUGACAAGGGGGGGAAGGGGACAAUCAGCAAAACCGUUACAUCACGGAAGUUUUAUUUCGACUACUACAGUAUGUGUUUUUAAUUCGAACUUUCGGCUAGUUUACAUAGCUUUCGAAAAAGGUGCAAAUUCAUACAUUUGCAAUGUAAUACAAAUUUUCGAAAAAAAAGUUAAUGACAAUUGAAAUUAUAACUUAUUCACAAUAGCCGUUUUUUCCAGAUGAAGAAUUCAGAUUAUUAAUGUAGUUUUAGAAUUCUGUAACUAUAAUCAUUUUCACAAUUCAGGAUCCAAAUUUAAUUCUGGAAUCGAAUACUGAACUUGAAUUCCGAACCUGUAGUAUUGAAUCCAGUUACAAAAUUUUGUUCCAGAACCCAAGUUCCUGAAUUCAAUUCCAGCAUGCUUAAUUUGAAUAAGGGGAACGAACUCAGAAUCUGGAAUCAGGAAUUAUUUUCAGGUUCUGAAAUCAGUUUCAAAAUUUUGGUUCACAUCUAAUAUUUAGUUCCAAAAUCCAGAUCUAGAAUUCAUAUCAUUCGGAAUUCUGAAUAUUUGUUGCAGAAUGAGAAUUCUAAACUCAAAUUAUGGCACUAAAGGCUAUAGCAUGAUAAGCAUGUGAAAUCUGCUCCCAAGUAGAAUUCAUAUUGUUAUACCACAUUCGAAAGGCCAUAGACUGGAAACAAUUUUUUCGUAAUUUCAACCCUUUACCUACCAUAUUGACGGAGCUAGGGUGGUUCUAUUGAUUUCUAUUUUAUUUGAUUUUUGAAGAAACCGCUCCUCCGAAAAAUUUGAAAAAAUCAGGUAUGUUUAAAGCAUUAUGGGAAAGGUUAAUAAUUUUUCUCAAAAUUUUUGAAAAUGCAUUUCUUCCAUAAAAUAUACUUGAAAAUUUUGAAACAUAGUUUUUCCCUCUUCCAAUUUUUGCACCACCCUGGAUUUUUUAGUGAUACAUAAAAAUUUUUUGGACAUGUUAAAGUGUUUUCAUAUUUUUAAAAAAUGUGUGCGACCACAAUAUUUGUUUUUUUUUCUAAAAAAUAAAUAACAGUCGACCAUGCGUCCCCAUCAAAUUCAAAGGAAACGCAUGGUGCUUUGUUCUAGCAGUUUAUGCUAGAACAAAGCGCAGGGCUUAGACAUCAAAGUAACGAAAAGGAGGAAAUGAGUUUCAACAUUUGCAUAAUACAUAUACAAUCAUACUUCGGGUACAACCUAGAGAGCUACGCAGCAAGAACUUACUGGUAUGUGGUUCAUAUAUGUAUGAAUGGUAGUAAUAUAUGAAAGUAUCACACAUAUGAAAUUCGAUUACGGCAGUCAAGAACUAGAGCGGGUGUCAGUUUUUUUAUUAAAAAAUGCGCACUCAAUUUUAGCGGAAAUUUCCUAGCCGAUUUUUUACAAACUAAGUGACAAAAAAGGUCUUAAAAUUCUUUUAAAAGUCCCCGAAAUGGUCAUCCAGAUCCGACUCCUCCGGUAUUACAGUGCGAUUAGUGAAAAUUUUCAAUUUCAUGAGUAUUUUUUCACAAGCGAUGGCAAAACGAUAUGCACAUUUUUAUAAAACUUACUGCUAAAUUUAUCUAGUUGACAGAUCUUGUUAGUUAGUGAAUAUAUAAAACUACUUUUGGACUACUAGUACACCGAAACCUCCAUUUACGAACUAAACGGGUAGUUCGUAAAAAAAGUUUACGUUAUUUGGGAUUUGGUUCGUAAAAAAAGUUUACGUUAUUUGGGAUUUGGUUCGUAAAAAAAGUUUACGUUAUUUGGGAUUUGGUUCGUAAAAAAAGUUUUGUGUGAUUAUUGUGGAAACCGCGCAUCAUAUGUUUAUUUUCGGAACGGAUGUGAAGAGUAAGUGCAAGAAAAUGAUGUUUGGGUUCGUUUCAAAAUCCAAGAUGGCGGCUUCCGGUUUAUUGAGAUUGCCUAAAACCCCUAACAAUAUGGGUAUCUUCGGAACGGAAUUGAUAAGUAGAUGUCGGAAAACGAUGUUUGAAGUGGUUCUGAAAUCCAAGAUGGCAACUUCCGGUUUCUUGAUAUUCCUUGAAAACCCUUACAAUAUGGAUAUUUUCGGAACUGAAUUGAUAAGUAGAUGUCAUAAAACGAUGUUUGAGGUAGUUUUGAAAUUCAAGAUGGCGACUUCCGGUUUGUUGAUAUUCCUUGAAAACCCUUGCAAUAUGGGUAUUUUCGGAACGGAAUUGAUGAGUAGAUGUCACAAAACGUUGUUUGAGGUAGUUUUGAAAUUCAAGAUGGCGACUUCCGCUUUAUUGAUAUUCCUUGAAAACCCUUGCAAUAUGGGUAUUUUCGGAACGAGGUUAAUGAGCAGGUAUCAGAAAACGAUGUUUGAGGUAGUUUUGAAAUUCAAGAUGGCGAGAUCCGGUUUGUUGAUAUUCCUUGAAAACACUUGCAAUAUGGGUAUUUUCGGAACGGGGUUAAUGAGUAGAUAUCAGAAAACGAUGUUUGAGGUAGUUUUGAAAUUCAAGAUGGCGACUUCCGGUUUGUUGAUAUUCCUUGAAAACCGGUACAAUAUGGAUAUUUUCGGAACGGAAUUGAUGAGUAGAUGUCAGAAAACGAUGUUUGAGGUAGUUUUGAAAUUCAAGAUGGCGACUUCCGGUUUGUUGAUAUUCCUUGAAAACACUUGCAAUAUGGGUAUUUUCGGAACGGAAUUGAUGAGUAGAUGUCACAAAACGUUGUUUGAGGUAGUUUUGAAAUUCAAGAUGGCGACUUCCGCUUUAUUGAUAUUCCUUGAAAACCCUUGCAAUAUGGGUAUUUUCGGAACGAGGUUAAUGAGCAGGUAUCAGAAAACGAUUUUUCAGGUAGUUUUGAAAUUCAAGUUGGCGACUUCCGGUUUGUUGAUAUUCCUUGAAAACCCUUGCAUUAUGGGUAUUUUCGGAACGGUAUAGUGUUUUAAAGGAAUAAAGAGUUAAAGGAAAAUGGCAAAAACUUUCAAAAGAUAAUAAUCAACCGGAAGUCACUGUUUUGUAUUUCAAGACCACCUCAAAUUGUAUUUUGUAUUUCAAGACCACCUCAAAUAUAUACUACCUCAAACAUUAUUUUCUGACAUCUACUCAUCAAUUCCGUUCCGAAAAUAUCUAUAUUGUAUGGGUUUUCAAGGAAUAUCAACAAACCGGAAGUCGCCAUAUUGGAUUUCAGAACCACCUCAAACAUCAUUUUCGGACAUCUACUCAUUAACCCCGUUCCGAAAAUACCCAUAUCGUAAGGGUUUUCGAGAAAUAUUAACAAACCGGAAGUCGCCAUCUUGAAUUUCAAAACUACCUCAAACAUCGUUUUCUGACAUCUACUCAUCAAUUCCGUUCCGAAAAUAUCCAUAUUGUAUGGGUUUUCAAGGAAUAUCAACACACCGGAAGUCGCCAUCUUGGAUUUGAGAACCACUUCAAACAUAAUUUUCCGACAUCUACUCAUCAAUUCCGUUCCGAAAAUACCCAUAUUGCAAGGGUUUUCAAGGAAUAUCGAUAAACCGGAAGUCGACAUUUUGGAUUUCAGAACCACCUCAAACAUCGUUUUCUGACAUCUACUCAUCAAUUCCGUUCCGGAAAUACCCAUAUUAUAUAGGUUUUCAAAGAAUAUCAACAAACCGGAAGUCGCCAUCUUGAAUUUCAAAACUACCUCAAACAUCGUUUUCUGACAUCUACUCAUCAAUUCCGUUCCGAAAAUACCUAUAUUGUAUGGGUUUUCAAGGAAUAUCAAUCAACCGGAAGUCGCCAUCUUGGAUUUCCAAAAUACCUCAAACAUCAUUUUCCGGAAUCUACUCAUUAAACCCGUUCCAAAAUUACCAAUAUUGUAGUAGUUUCCAUGGAGUCGGAAAUCACUUUCGAUGAAUGACAAAACCUCUUUUUACGAAGUAGGUUCGUAAAAAAAGUUUACGUUAUUUGGGAUUUGGUUCGUAAAAAAAGUUUACGUUAUUUGGGAUUUGGUACGUAAAAAGAGGUACGUAAAAAGAGGUUACGUAUAAAAAGUGUUCGUAAACGGAGGUUUGGGUGUACUCUGUUUUCCCUUCCGAAAACACCGAUAAUAGUGAAGAAAACUUCAAAAAUGGAACUCACUACGAUUUCUCAGCAACGGUUAAAUUGAUUUUCACGAAUCAUAAAUAAAAUUAAAGCUCUCAUUGUUUUUAAAUAUACUGUGAAAUUUCAUCCAGAUCCGACUUCCGGUUCCUAAAUUAUAGGGCGAUGAGUGUCAUAACAUUUAAACGAUGCGAAACUGGUACGCGUCGGUACGUGCGCGUUUGCUCCGUUCCCAGUAUGCUUUGUUUAUUUUCGUAUAGUGUGCAGGGUUGCCACAUUUAAAUCUAUAUUGUUCAGGUGAAAAAUAUGUAAGUUUGUAAAUCUUUUAUUCUAUUUUUACCUACUUGUUAGUGUUAUUACAAGAUCAAGAUAACGAUGUUUUUCUAUAAAAGUACACUUAUUGCCUUUCUAAUAGAGAAAGUUUAUGCAAUCACUUGAAAAAUUGACUAGUGAAAAUUACCCCGGAAGGCUAAGUGUGUAUGUAUGUGUGUGAGUAUGUGUCGUCAGUGUCGUGCCUAGCAAAAAUGUAAAACGUAAAUGACAGUUGUUUAGCCGAGUUUCACAUAUUUCGAAAUUUCUACAAACAAUAAUUUCGGAAUAAUUGUUAAUCUUCGAUGAGUUCAGCACAAGAGUUUGCCAGAUCUCGGCAAAAAAGGAACCUCGCCGAAAAAUAAAUAAAUCUUCUGAACGAUUCUCGGAUUACAUAAUAUAGGGUAACUGCUCCCUAUUUCAUCUGAGCUCCUAUUUCCAUCUCAUCCCGUCACCUCAUUACUUUGAACAUGAAUAAUAUUUUACAACCUACCUGAACCAAACUGUGAAAUGUUUUAAAAUGGUUAUAAAAGCUAUUGUCACACUUUCCCAUUGAAAGAAAUGGUUUUAAGUUCUUCGGUGAUCGUUUUUUUCAUAUAAAAUAAACUCACUUUUCAAUUUAGGACACAUUUUCGUCUCAAGAUUUACAGUUCGUCAUGUUUCUGAUUAUCUACUAAUCGAUUCAUCUCAAGUCCAAGAUCACUAUUUCGCACAAUUACACUACCAUUGAAUGCUGGAUGACUUCAUAAUUAGUAAUGUUCACUUGCCACUUGUUUAGUUAACGAUUAAAAACUUCAAAAAUUACCCGACAAGCAAUAAAAGUCUUCAAAAAUAUGAGAUGAAAGUUUUUCACUUUGAUCACCUGAUUGCGCUUUGUUUUCAUCUCAUUUGGUUUCGUAAAAUUGCCAAGUUAUCUCAUAAUGUUAUAAAACGAAAAUUAUUUUUCUUCUUCAAAUUAUCAUCCAAAAGUAUGUUUUUGGUAUCCGUGACAUUAGUUUAAUUAUAUUAUUGAUAUUAAUAUUUCAAUAAAACUGUUUCGGCUUCGAAUAUUACCAGAAAGAGCGUGUUAAAUACUAUUGAAAUAACCAUUGUGGCAAAUCUAGUAGCACUGGUUUCAUUUUGCUAUACGUCAACAUAACGCUGUGAAGUGUGUGUGUUUCAUCGGUUGUGCACAGAGAUGCCAGAUAUCUUCAUAGAAAAUAUGUAUUACUCUGCAUAGAAAGUCUAUAUCUGCUCUAUCUAUUUUCACUAAUAAAAUAGUGUUAAUCAUAAUCUGCAUAAAAAUCCACUUUAACAUGUGAUUUGUCCGUUGAUUGAUAAACUUUUGAAGAAUCACUACAAUCGAAUACUAAAAGAUACUCAGAGAGAAAAGUGUAAUUUUUUUCUUCUCACUUUUUAUGAACCUGUACAAAAAUGUAUUAAAUUUAGGAAAUCUGUAUAAAAUCUGUACAUUGAUUUGAAUCAGUAUGCGAACGCAAAAAUCUAUACAAUACAGAUAAAUCUGUAUAAAUGGCAUCUCUGGUUCUGCAUUUUGUUUUAAGAAGGGCUAAUGCCUAAAUAGUAACAAUUCCGUUUUUGGUUUUAUUUAAAGUUCACCAAAUUUUAAAUUUAAAGCGAAAGGUAACGGAAACGACCGAAAAUUUUUUAAACGUCGAAAGGAUUUCAAACUGGUUCUAAAAAUAUCGUGUGUUGGCUCAUAGUUGGCAUUAGGCCGUUUUUAAGAAGAAUUCUGACAUUUUGAACAUGAAAGUGUAAUAGUGGAAUAUUUUGUUUUGAUUUCUGUCGCCAUUACUAAUUUAUAGGAUGAAUAAAGGACCAACGAUAGAAUGGAUGAAACUCCAUUGAGAUGAAAUUAGGUGCAGAGUAGUGAAUACAUCAAUUAAAUUUUCAAGAAAUGUGAAUCAAUUCUCAACGUGGAGCAAGGCGAAUAAAGUAGUAAUAUGAAAAAGUUAUAGUGAAUUUAGUGGCUAAAUCGGGGUUUUGAGGCGACGUUCUUACAAAUGAGAUGAAAUAGGGAGCCCUUACCCUAAAUUCGAUCUGUCUCGGAAUUUUACUUUACCGAGCUCGAGAAUUGGUUUUAGGUGUGUAGAUAUGUUUUUGUUCAUUUUGUUAUAAUGCUAACUAUAGUCCACGGAUGACUUGAAGUGUAUUGACACGUGGCUUGCUGGUUUUCGUAGGUGACCUGUGAUCUACAUAAACAUUCUUCUUUGUGACCGAACAUCACAUAAAAUUUGGAUUUGCUAAGCGAACACGCAAGAUACGCACACCGUUCAAAAUAUCCGUAGCAAAAUUCUUUCACCAAAUCAGGAGGAAAAAUACGGUUGGGGCCACUUUGUGAUGGAAAAAAUCUCUCCGCAUUGAGACAAUUUUUUUCGUAUAAAUUUCGGUCUUGUUGUUUGUUGAGGGAGAUAAUACGCGUUCUGUAUGUCAUGCCUUCCCAGGAGCUAACGGAAUGUGUAUUGCAUAUUAUCCGCGGAAUCAACUCCUUGAGUAAAAUGUCUAUUUCUUGUAACGAAGAUACGAAUUCGACACAGUUUGAAGUUAAUAACAAUUGGUUUUAAUCGCGGACCACAACUAACGUUUUUUCGCACAAGUUUGCUCGUUUCAAAAUAGUCCAACUGCUCAGUACUUUGUUCUCUAUUUAUAUCAUCCCGGCGGUAAACGGUAUGCUGUGUUAACUGCCUUGGAUAAGGUAGGAAAACGAGCUGCUAGCUGCAUGUUGGCAUUACUACUUUUCCUACCCAAAGCGCAUAAAUUUGACGGUUUGACGGUCGCUUCUAAAAACACUAUACUUAAUGAAAUAAAUUGCGAGAUUUUAGAAUUACCAAAUUGCUUUUUCGACCGUAUUUGUGGCAUAUAUCUCCGUUUUAUGAUCUAUAACGCAAGCCAAGGAUAAUUUCAAAACUCGUGGUGAAACCGACACCGAAAAGUACGGCUCUCGAACAUUCGGCAAUGUACAUAUAAUUGUAUCCGCUUUUGUGUGUAUGUCUGUUCAGCCACCGGAUAAUGUUGUUAUUGUUCCGUGCAGAUGUUGCUUGUGGUAAACAUAUAACAAUGAACAUUUAUGAGGCGGCUUAUCCUCUCGCAGCGCAAACACAGUCAUAUGCUGCCAGAACCAUAAAAGGAAGCAUCAGCAUUGUUUAGGUGAAUGGUUUGCACCAGUCCACAUUCAGGACGCACACACGAUGCUGGCAAAUUAUUUUCGGAGGGAGAUAAUAGUGGUGCAUAAGAUUUACAGGCUCGUUAUCUCCAUGAUGUUUUAUCAUUUGAAUCGCUUUGAAUAAUAUCUGUUUGGCUGCUGUUUCAUACAGUAUAAAGUCUCUAAAGACGACCUUGUGGAGCAUUUCGGAAGAGCGAAAAAGAUAGAACGUAACUGAACUUGGCACUGACUCGAAUAAUUUAUUCAGUCAUUCGCGUAACCAGAGAUUGAAACCCCCCCUUUUUUCUGUUUGUUCGGAUGUCUUCCCUCCCGUUGAACCCGUACAUCAUCAGUGCGCCAAAACACAGCUGAACAUAAUCACCAGAUCAAGCUCCCUCGAGUAGCGGUAUGAAAGCGAACAUUUUGAGAUGCUGAAUGAUGUACACACGGAACCCCACCGGCAUGCGGAAAAUCCUCCCCGAUCACAAACAGAAGCAGCAGAUGAGUGAUUACCAAGUCUGUUUGAGUUCUGCAGCAUUCGACAUUUAAACCGUUUCGCGAUACCGCGGCGUACUUUUGCUCCCAUCUUCGAGCGUACACCCGGCAGACACCGAUCGGAUAGGAGCGUGUUUUGCAUUACAUUUUUUUCUUCUCUCUCUCUCUCUCUCUCUCUCUCUCUGCUAUCACCAUU